AUGGCUAACCGAAUUCAGAGACUAGCUGGCGGGUAUCAAUGGCGGAAUUGGACCAAGAGAGAGUGGACCAUCGUAGCUGCUGCCGCCCUCACUCUAGCCAUCUUCACUUUUUCCGGCACAAACCGGUUUUCUUCCACCGUUAUUCCAGGCGACAAAACUUUGUCUCCGUCACGGCAAUCAGAUUGGGUUCCCUUCACCCUGUUGAGCAAUGCCCGUGAAAAGGGAGCCCUUUGUUUGGAUGGGAGUUUACCAGGGUACCAUUUUCAGAAGGGUUUUGGAUCCGGUUCUCACAAUUGGAUUGUAUAUAUCGAGGGUGGAGGGUGGUGUAAUUCUAUAGCAUCAUGUACAUAUCGUAAACAAACGUUACUUGGUUCAUCAAAGUAUAUGGAACCUGAAAUUCAAUUUACUGGCAUGUUGAGCAAUGACCCUUCUCAAAAUCCGGACUUCUUCAAUUGGAAUAGAGUGAGGAUCCGGUACUGUGACGGUGGAUCUUUUGCCGGGCACCCUGAGGCUGAGUCGAAAAAUGGAACAGAACUCUUCUUCAGAGGUCAGCUUAUUUGGGAAGCAAUUAUGGAUCAACUGUUGUCAAUAGGGCUCUCUACUGCAAGACAGGGACUUCUUGCUGGAUGCUCAGCUGGUGGUCUGGCGACUCUCAUACACUGUGAUAAUUUCAGAGAGGCUUUGCCGAAAGAUGCUAACGUCAAGUGUCUGGCUGAUGCAGGUUUUUUCCUAAAUGAGAAGGAUAUUGGUGGGAGACCCACUAUUGAAAAUUUUUACCGUGAUGUUGUCCAACUUCAGGGAAUCGCAGAAAGUCUAAAUAAGGAUUGUCUCUCAAGAACGGAGCCUCAUAAGUGCUUUUUCCCUCAAGAGUUCAUCAAGUAUACAAAAACUCCAUUGUUUCUUGUCCAGCCUGCUUUUGAUUGGUGGCAGAUACACAAUAUCCUUAUACCAGAUAAAUCAGACCCUAAAAGAAGAUGGCUCAGGUGCAAGCUGAACACGUUCAAUUGCGAUCCUGCCCAACUUGAAGUACUACAAGGUGAUGAACAUUUGAUAUCCGUAAAUUCAAGUACUAUUUGUGUCUGUUUGAUUUUUGAAAUUUUCAUUCGUGACAUCUUAAAUAGCUGUGUGGAGAAUUAUGUUAUUAUAUUCCUCAUUGGGACAUGGGAUCCAGAGAGAUGGCACUCAUCUAGGUCCCCAAGAAUCAAUAAUAGAGUAAGUUUGGUUCUUCUCUUGAGAGUUUGUGGUAAACCACAGGAAUGCAUGAGGAGACUUGUAGCCUAUUACCUUAUAUUUCUGCAGACUGCUAGGAUCGUGGUAGCUGUUGAUCCUUCAAGCUUGUCAUCUGGUGAAUUUCCCGAAAACGUUUUGCAACUCAAUUCGCACCUGCUGGCUGCGUUUUCUGGAGGGAGCAAAGGUUCGCUCAAAUUUCUGCACAAUCUUCUGCCAGUCAUGUGCAAAGAUGUUGAACUCGCGGAGGGGACAAAAGCUUCUGCCGCUGAAGCUUCCAAGUGGCUUGCUGACUUUCUGUCUCGUAAUCCUGACAGUGACCUGGGUGUGUCACUAGGGGUACUGAUUGCUGGGUGGGACAACGAAUCGGGACCUUCCCUGCAUAAAGUCGACGGUAUGGGGAACGUGCUGAAAGAAUCCUUAGCUGGAACUGGAUCUGCCAAUGAGGGUCGUUGGGCCCGUCGCAGCGGUUCUUCCCAGGCUGAAGCGGUGGAGUUAGCCAAAUGUGCGGUUUGUAUCGGUGUAUAUAAUGCCCCCGAACGUGAUGGAUAUGUCAGUGGUAAGUUUGUGAUCUCCUGGCUGCUUUUGUACUUGCACGUUAAUUUGUACGUGAAGAUUGGCGCUGAUCAAGUAGCGGCUGCGGCCGUCACUCUACUCUUCCCUACUUCUUCCGGCGGACUCCGGUCUUCUUCCACCUGUGCAAAUUGCUGCCCGCGAAUGCAAAAUGGCAUAAAGAUGGCGAACCAAUUGUAUAGACUACAACGAAGCUUGAGAUCAUGGCGUCCGCUGCACACUUGGACCAAGAGAGAAUGGACCAUUGUAGCUGCUGCCGCCGUCAGUACACUACUCAUCCUAAUUUUUUCCUGCAGAGGCCGGUUUUCUUCCACCGGCGCUGUGCCCACCAACGAAUCAUCGUCGCCGGCUGAACAUUCAUAUCGGGUUCCCUUCACACCUUUGAGUAGUAAUCCCAGAAAGAAGGCCGCCCUUUGUUUGGAUGGGAGUGACCCAAAGUAUCAUUUACACAAGGGUCAUGGAUCCGGUUCUCUCAAUUGGCUGCUGUUUAUGGAGGGUGGAGGCUGGUGUGAUUCUAUAGCAUCAUGUGCAUUUCGUAAACAAACGUUACUUGGUUCAUCAAAGACUAUGGAACCUUUCUUUUCGUUUUCUGGCAUCUUGAGCAAUGAUCCUGUACAAAAUCCAGACUUCUUUAAUUGGAAUAGAGUGUGGAUUCAUUACUGUGAUGGUGCAUCUUUUUCUGGGCAACCUGCGGCAGAGUUGAAUAAUGGGACAGAACUUUUCUUCAGGGGUCAGCUUAUUUGGGAGGCAGUUAUGGAUCAACUGCUGUCGGUGGGACUUUCUAAUGCCAGACAAGCAUUUCUAACUGGAUGCUCAGCUGGUGGUUUGGCAACUCUCAUACACUGUGAUAGUUUUCGGGAGGCUUUGCCAAAAGUUGCUAAUGUCAAGUGUCUAGCUGAUGCCGGCUUUUUCUUAAACGAGAAGGAUGUUGCUGGGGAACACACUAUUGAAAAGUUCUUCCAUGAUGUUGUUAAUCUUCAGGGAGUUGCGAAAAGUUUGAAUAAGGAUUGUCUCACAAAAACCGAGUCUCAUAAGUGCUUUUUCCCACAAGAGUUCAUUAAGCACAUAAAGACUCCAGUGUUCCUUGUCCAACCGGCUUAUGAUUCGUGGCAGAUAGGGAACAUUCUUGUGCCAGGGAAAUCGGAUCCUCAAAUGAGCUGGCUUGGGUGUAAGUUGAACCUCUUCAAUUGCAAUCCCGCCCAAUUAGAAGUCGUACAAGGUUUCCGAAAAUCAUUGCUACAGGCACUGAGUGAAUUUCAGCAGAAUAAAGAAGGUGGCAUGUUUAUAAGUUCUUGCUUUGCUCAUUGUCAGACAUUGAGUCCAGAGACAUGGCACUCAUCAACGUCUGUGAGAAUCAACAAUAGAACAAUUGCAGAAUCCGUUGGCGAUUGGUAUUUCAACCGUAGAGUAGCAAGACAUAUCGACUGCCCUUCUUUUCCAUGCAAUCCUACUUGCUAUAAUGCUGCUAUAGUGUAG